AUGACGCUUGACGCUAAGCCUUUAGUCCACAUUGUUGGACUCGGUUCCAUGGGAGCUAUCCUCGCUGUUGACCUACUGCGAUUCGCCGAUUGUUCUAUUGUGCCACUAUUCAGAUCGAAAAAUAGAUUAGAACAAUUCCAGAAUGAAACUCAAAAUACUGUUUCUGUUCGUAAACUGUACUUAGAGAACUCCCCACUGUUCGAGAAAAAACUACAAUUAAGCUCAUCUCCAGAGACUUUUAAACCCACCCACAUUAAGAAUAUAGUCAUUACUACGAAAACAUACCAAACGAAGGAUUCGUUGAAACCAUACCUCCCCUAUAUCGAUAACAAUACCAAUUUGAUAUUGAUUCAAAAUGGUCUUGGUGUCUUGGAAGUUUUAAGAAGUGAAGUCUUUACGGACAUCAAUAAGAGACCAAAUCUUUUCCAAGGUGUCAUCUCACAUGGAUGUUUCCAAGACAAGGACCAUCCAUUUAGAUUUAACCACGCAGGUGCAGCUGAUUUGAAAAUUGCCCGUUUACCAUGGGACCCUGAAGAUAUGGUACAAAGUCUUGACUCAUUGCGUGUUGAUACACAGGAGAAUGAAUUGGUUAGACUCUUAACUGGUAACCCAUUUGCUAAAGAAUUCGGUGUCAAAUUUAUGACUUAUCAAGAAUUAUUAUUGGGACAACUUUACAAAUUUCUAGUGAAUGCCUGUAUGAACAGUGUUACAGCUACUUUAGACUGUGUUAACGGUGAAAUGGCAGGACAUUGUUCAUCGGUAUUUGAACUAAUUGUCAAAGAAAGUCUACAAGUGCUAAGAGCUGCCUACGAGCCAUUUUUCCGCUAUGAGAAGGAUUACUCCAAUAAAAAAGAUUAUCCAGAACUAGCGAUCAAUUCUGUUCUCGAUGCCGAAAAGAUGGUUAAAGAUGUCGAAUACAUUGGUUGUGUGGUUAACAGUAAAAACAGCAGUUCGAUGAGACAAGAUACUUUGUAUUUGCGCGAUACUGAAAUUGAUUACAUUAAUGGUUACGUUGUACGUUUAGGUGAGAAGUAUAACAUUGACACCAAUGCAAACAGAAUGAUAAAGGAGUUGGUCAAUCUAAGAUUACACUUAAACAGAUCAAGAGCUGCCGUCGCUGCCAAAUAA